AUGUCUAGGAUCACCAAUACAGAGGAGCUGAUACGCAAUGCGCCGUUCGAGCUCAGCAAAGCAGACAUGGAGGUCCUUACCACCACCGAGGAAGCUUUUGCCCCGCAUACUUGGGAGGAUAUGCAGGAGAUAAUUGCCGGUGGCGAUACAUCCCAGCUGAAGCGCACUCCGACUGAUCUCCGCAAUUACAUCUUCUGGAGCCGAGAGAUCCAGGCCACAUUCAGCUCUGUAACGAACUUUCUUAUGAAGAAACGGUUACACUGGGAAAAGAAAGCCAAUAAUGCCGAGAACCGUUUCAAUUAUCGCCACUCAGUCCCUUUCGCCGACCAGUCUGAUUAUCGCAUUCUACGCAACGACUGGCCCUACGCCAUGUCGCCGGGAAUGGUUCAUACUGUCGUAUGGCUGAAGACGUCUAUACCUGUAGACGCGGAGGGUGAUCUGACUACGGAGUCCCGCCGGCUGAUUGCGAAUUUUAUCGAGAGAACAUUUGCGAUGCAUAUGAGCCAACGAGAGCAUGCGGGGAACAACAUCCAAUGGUCCAAGAACAGGAUAAAGUGGCAGAGCGUGCGUGCUCUUGAGCAUAUUCAUGUCAUUCUGAGGGAUGUAGAUGAUGAGUUUGUGACGAAGCUGACGGGGCAAGGCCCCGAUGAUAUCGAGAGCAAAUCAUAUUCUGCCUCCGUGGACAGCAAUUAG